GCUCCCAUCUCUCGCCUCUCGCCUCCCCGCAGCGCGAGCGAGCCCAACACGCAAGCGGAACCCCCCGCGCCCCCUUCGCCUUAUCCGAUGGCGUCCCUCACCACCACCACCUCCUCGCCGGCCGCCCUCCCGGCGGCCACCACCGCCGCCCCCGCGGCCUCGUCCGUCUCCCCCCACGCCGGCUCCAAGCGCCCGCUCCUCGCGGGCGACGACGCGCCCUGGCGCGCCACCGCGGCCACCGCCCCGGGGGGCCAGGGGAUCCGGCCCGUCCCGCGCAUCCACCACGCGCCCGUCCUGCGCGUCGCCGCGAAGGACGACUCCGCCGCGUACGCCCUCGCCGUCAUGAAGCAUCCGGAUCCGAUCGGGGAGGGGCUGGCCAUGGAGGCCUUCGCGGAGGCAGCCGGGCCGGAGUGCAUCGUACCCGGGCAGCAGGCACCGCUAAGGCUCAUGGGGCUCAAGGUUUGGCCCCUUGAUAUAGAUUUGAAGUUCCUAGAGCCUUUUGGACAGGAGUUACAUUCUAUGAAAAAGUUCAUGGACAAGUCAUGCAGUGUUAUGGACUCAUCUAUGGCAAACAAGUAGGCGCAACGCAGAUCAGUUCCGUCCAAUGCCAGCUGUUGUAGUAUCCACCUGCUUGCUGAAGUUACAAGACCCGAAUGACAAGAAAUCAGAAGAGACACGGAGAGAAACCACAUUCUUUUGCAUAUCUCGAGCCGCAUCGCCUGAUGGGACGGGAUAUAGGCAAUCGGGAGCACGGUAACUAUCAGUGAGUAGUAGUCCUGUACGGAGCCCGGGCGCAGCCUCCGCCAAUAUAAGUGCAUUGCGUGUAAUACUUCUUUUAUGAUCAUGAAACGUUGAUCCACUGAGAAAAUAUACCGUUCAGGUUCCAAGGGAAUGUUGUUUUUUAUUUAAAAAAAA